AUACCCCGCGAUCUGAUUAGCAAACUUCCAAACACAAAGCGUUCAAUUUUUCUGUCCCGUGUAUAAUAAAUUUAACCGCGUUCGCUCAGCCAAGUAACGUUUAACGUAACGUCGUACACACAUUUUCAUUCAAUCAACGAUACCGAGAGACGAAGAUCGUCCUCCGUCGAAUUCCGGCGUUGACCGCUUCUCGACGUCCAGUUAAUUGUGUUGUAAAAUAAUUUGUUCGCCGAAUGUUCCGUGAAUAAAAAAGAAGAAGAGAGAGAGAAAAAAAAAACAAACGAACAAACAAACAAAUAAAAAGAGAGGAAAAACAAACGGACGAAAUCGAACUUGAUCGAUAAAUGAAAAAGAUUAAAGUUCGCGGUUUCAUUCGUUUCGAUUCGCGCGCCAGCAGAGCCGAACACACAAUGAUGACACGUAUGUGCGCGUCGCACACACACGCGAAAUAAUUCAUUCAACUUUGUAAUACGCCGUAACGUUUCUACACAUACCUUUGCUCGUCGUCGACAUCGCUCGACGAAGAUAUCGUCUCGCGAUAUUCCACGUGCCACCCGCGGGGUGCAAAUUGAUUUGCGAAGACCUCGCACUUCGCCGACAAAUCGCGCGAACCCGUGACCUCACCUAUUUAACCUACUAAACAGUGCGACCACAGUCGAUAAAAAACGAUAACUCACGCAACAUUUUCAACGUCGCGUUACGUAUAAAUCGUAUUGAAAAAAAAAAAAAACAAAAAACAAAAAGGAGGAAACCGGAGGAGAUCGGAGGAAACAGGGCAGCAUCGUCGCCCGAGUCCGAAAAUUUCACUCGACGACGAACCGGAGGAAAAACAUCGAGUCCGAAGAUCGAGAACGAUGCACUCGUUAACGUAACACGUAACACGUGAAAUUCUCACUACUGGUAACGAGGUUUAUCGAACGUUAAAACUGCAGUUCUUCGCAAACUGUCACAACAACAAAACCCACGUGCUUGCGAUUGAAAAAAAACCAAAAUACAAUCAAACGAAAUAAGCUCUGGUAUUAUUGAACAAUAUUCAUAAUACACACGUAAAAUAUAAGGUAAAAGUUUCGAAGUGCGGAUAAAAGAGAUCGUUCGCGAAUUUUAUUUUUUUUUGGACAAAGUAAACUGAGAACACACAUCACAUCCACGAUGUCAUCCUCCCAGAAGCCGUGGCCGGUGUGCCUGAUGUUCUCAAAGUCAAAGGAGCGAGGGAUCCUACCGCGCCAGUACACGAGGGUACCGACGAUCUCGAGAUCGGAAACGGCGAAUUCAAACAUCGUCGCCGAUUGCGCGUCCAAUACGACCCUCGCAACGAUCCCGAGCCCCUUCACGAGCCAACUGACCUUGUCAAACGACAAAAAGUGUCCGGAAUCGGUGACGGAAUACCCAGAGCCGGCUCACUACUAUGCCGACAAUUUGUUGAACAAUCAAAAUCUGAAAAAGGCCAAGAUUUACAACGAGCAUAUUCAGCGUGAAGACCCGAACGCGGAUCACAAACAACUGGAUCCAUUGCUGCAGGAUCACGGAAUUCAACCGGACACAGCGAAAAUGUUUCACUCGCAGGAAUUUCAGGUGAAAAUGACCUCCGGUCCUCCCUUCAAGUCCUACUUUCAAGCGGAGGUUGCACCGCGUCGUAGAUGUCACUACAUCCCUCAGGUCAUCGCGGCUAUUUCCGUAUCCUUGGGUUCGAUGGUUGUUGGUUUUUCAAGUUCUUACACUUCACCGGCUCUACCAUCGAUGAAAAAUGAGACCUCUUUGGCGAUGAGUGCUCAAGCGGCGUCAUGGGUAGGCGGAAUAAUGCCGCUUAGUGCUCUGGUCGGUGGCGUACUUGGGGGGCCAAUGAUCGAGUAUCUCGGUAGACGUAACACAAUUUUGGCAACGGGAUUCCCUUUCAUAGGAGCCUGGCUUCUCAUCGCCUUCGCGACGAACAUCGUUAUGAUUUUAUGCGGUCGCGCAUUCAGUGGUUUCUGCGUGGGCGUAGCCUCUCUAUCGUUUCCGGUUUACCUUGGCGAAACACUCCAGCCGGAAGUACGCGGUACUCUUGGACUGUUGCCAACGGCGCUGGGAAAUGUCGGAAUCCUAUUCUGCUUCAUCGUCGGGAUGUACUUGAACUGGUCGAAUCUGGCUAUAGUGGGUGCGAUAAUACCGAUCCCUUUCAUGAUCUUGAUGUGCCUAAUCCCGGAAACUCCUCGUUGGUAUAUCGCUAAGGGAAACCGGGAGAGAGCUCGUAAGUCCCUUCAAUGGCUUCGCGGCAAGAAUACCGACGUAUCCGAGGAAUUAGCAGCGAUUGAAAAAGCUCACACGGAGAGUGAGAGGAACGUGACGCGAGGUGCCUUCAAAGAAUUGCUGAAAAAGGCCUACGUCAAACCCCUCCUCAUCUCACUGGGACUCAUGGGAUUCCAACAACUCUCGGGAAUAAACGCAGUUAUAUUUUACACCGUUCAAAUAUUCGAGGACGCCGGAAGCACGAUCGACGGUAACCUCAGCUCAAUAAUAGUAGGAGUGGUGAACUUUUUAUCGACAUUUAUGGCCACAGCAUUGAUCGAUCGUCUGGGUCGUAAAAUUCUUCUCUACAUAAGCAGCGUGUCAAUGAUACUGACGUUAUUCAUUCUCGGUACAUUUUUCUACCUAAAAGAGAGCGGUACCAAUGUCGAAUCGUACGGUUGGAUUCCAUUGGCAAGUUUUGUUAUAUACGUAAUUGGAUUUUCUCUUGGAUUUGGACCAAUUCCAUGGCUGAUGAUGGGAGAAAUUUUACCGGCGAAAAUUCGUGGUUCGGCGGCGAGUGUUGUCACCGGUUUCAACUGGGCGUGUACAUUCAUAGUAACCAAGACCUUUAUCGACAUAAUAGCCGGGAUCGGCGCCGGGGGCACUUUCUGGUUAUUCGGCGCCAUAACACUCAUCGGUUUGAUAUUCGUUAUCGUGUUUGUACCGGAAACGAGGGGUAGAUCAUUGGAAGAAAUUGAGAUGAGGCUAACUGGACCAGUACGAAGGAUGAGCGCGGUAGCAAACAUAAAACCUAUGCCAACUGCUUGUUAAGGGUUUUCUUUAGUGAUUUUUCAAAAAAAAGUUGGCAGAAACGGACUACGGUUGACGAAGAUCUAAAAUCCGUACUCGAGAUGACGACGGACCUUGAAGUGGGUGGUUGCUCCAAUCGAUAGAAAAAAGAAAAAGAAAGCCCAGAACUGACAAAAUUUUUUUUCUUUUUUUUUUUCAUACUACCAGCUUGGAGUGAAGUGUACUUCGAUCGAUUUGUUUCAUAUUGAGAUUCGAAUAUGCGGUGAUGUAUAUAAAAAUGUAGUGUGAUAAUUUACAAGAUGCUGGUUAGAGAAAAACAAUUUUAAGACGAAAUGACAAUUGCUACAUACAAACCAUCGAUAACUUUUGCGCAAGACGAUAUAGUAGAAUUCGUUUUUGUGAUAUCCUAUUUCUUUUACAAAUACAUCUUCAUUUUUGACGUCUUUCAUUUCAUAUAAAUAUUAGGUAGACGACACGAUGCUAUAGAUAGUGCCUUCUUGAAAUAAAUGGUAUUUUGAGGCUACGAAAUGUUCCAUAAUAUACACAAUUACAUACGCACAUAGAACAAAAAAAAAUGAUAGAAAGACAAGGUGCUAAAAUACUUAACAAUGAAACACCGCGUCCUUUAAUUGUUAUAUAAAACUGUCGGCGAGGGGGGCUGAAUAUAGUAUUGAGAAUACUGCGUGUGUCUAGAUGGUAUUCAUCCUAUUAACUACGAUGCACAUUGUAUCGCACCUCGGAUAUAUUUAUAUUUGUUCAGAUAAUUUUUUGUUAUUUUGCAUAUCAUCAUAUAUGAAAAGAAUCUCAAUUUCUAUAAUCAUUGCUAUGAUCACUAUUAACUAUGAAAUCAUUGCUAUUCAUUUUUUCACGAUGGUUAACUAGAUGCAUAGUAGUUUAUCUGUUUCUUGUUAUUGUUGUUAUUAAUAAUAUCAUUUUAUUAUUACUAGGGUCAUUGCCAUCAUCAUUAUCAUUAUGGUUCUUUUUUUUAUUGUCGUUUCUCUUCUUGCAAUCCUACAGUCUCUACCUCAGAAAAAGUAAUAUUGCGCAUAAAUAACAAAUAGUAAUUAAAAUGAUCAAAUAUGUUGAAAAAAAAAAAAUAUAUAUACAUAAAUAUUUUAUAAUAAUAAUUGUUCCUCAAUGUUUGAAUGAUAAGUGAUUUCAAUGAAUCACAAGAAAGAAUAAUUAUUAGCAGAAAACCUUCAGAUAUAAUAUAUGAUAAGCGAAUGCACAAAGUUAUAGAUAUAUUUUUGCUGAUUUAUAAAAAUUAUGUACAUACGUAUAUAUUUAGCUGAUAGUUGUACAUUAUGUUGAGGUGGUAGGUAGAUCCACCGAGAUUUGAAAGGAAAUUUCAAAGACUUUAGUGUGUAAAAAAUUACUCGUGUAGAAGCUUAAUAAAAUCACAGCUGCCUAUUAAUUACGAGACGAAAAACGAACAACAUGAAAGCAAAAAAAAAAAGGCACAUGAAUUGGAAAAACUGAUCUUUUACGAAAUGAUGGAACACCAUUGUGUAGUACUUAAUUUUGAAGAAAGAAAAGUUACUUGUGACAGAACACAAAGAUUUUUGUAUGGUCUUGUUCAAUUUUGUUCGAAUUAAUUUUUAUAAGUAGUAGCUGAAUUCAUGUAGGGAACAAAAUUCUUUCAAUAUAUGUGUACUCAAUAAAUACUGGAGACGCAUAGGAAUGAUAUAUCUGAAUUUAGCAGACAAAAAAAUAAUGAUAAAUAUGUACAAUAAAUACGUAUUUUCAUAUAA